AUGGAUGACGAGGAUCUGCCCAGAAGGAAGCAGAGGAGAUACAGGACCACCUUCACGAGCUACCAGCUGGAUGAACUGGAGAAAGCAUUUGGCAGAACCCAUUAUCCCGAUGUUUUUACGAGAGAGGAGUUGGCUCUGAAAAUCGGCCUUACAGAAGCUAGAAUCCAAGUGUGGUUCCAAAACCGGCGAGCGAAGUGGCGCAAGCAGGAGAAGGUGGGGCCACACGCUCACCCGUACAGCGGCUACCUCGGCAGCGGGCAGCCCUUGCCCGCGCCCGCCACGCUCCCGCCGCCGCCGCAUCCGCUCUCACAGCUAGGCUUCAGCUUGAGGAAGCCGUUUGAUAACGCGCUAUUUUCCUUCAGAUACGGCAACACACCGCUGUUCGGAGCGCAGUACCUCCCCCCGCUCUCGCGGCCGCCUCUCUUCGGCGCACCCUUAUACGCUACAUCGCCCGCUCACUUCCACUCGCUAUUCGCUAAUCUAACCGCACCCGAACCACCAAGACUAUCGCCGGAACAAACUCAGCUAUCGUCUGACUCUAGGACUUCAAAUAACUCGAGAUCCCCUGAGCGAUCGUCCCCCGCCCCAUCGAUUUCUCCCCCGAUUUCUCCUGGAAGUGAGUCAAUACCAGUUGACAUAACCAGUUCUAGUAUAAAUGCUUUGCGACUGGCAGCCAGGGAGCACGAAAUACGGUUGGAGCUGUUGAGGCAAAGAGCCGAUAUGAUGUGUUGAAUUAGUGUGUAUGCUGGAAAUCUGUGGCAGCUGUAGGUACUAUUUAUCGGCUAUGAAGUGUAAACGAAAAUUCUGUAAAUGUGAAAUAGAGCUAUUGGUCGUAUUGCUAUCCUUCUCAUGCUGUUCCGUUUAUUCUAUCAAAUACAAUUUACUCUAUCGAGUGUACGAAAUAUUCAGUAUAUUUUUUAAAGCUUUGUUCGUCAUAACUUUGAUUGGUAAAGUUAACGAAAAAUCUGUUUAUUAUAUGAAAAACAGCUGUUACGAUAAGACUUAAUUUAUACUAUUUUUAUUUAGCUCAAUUGUCAAUCCCAUUAUUAAGUAAUUGUAUAAAAAAAAUUUAAAAUUUGCUUUUAAUCAUUGAUUGUUUUUUAACAUCAAUCCCCAGUAUUCUUAGAUUCUAAAA